AUGGAAAAUUCAGCCCUCAUCAUCGUUGAUGUUCAAAAUGAUUUUUGUGAAGGAGGAUCCCUACCUGUGUAAAAAUCCUCUGAAAUCAUCCCUAAGAUAAAUUAAGUCAGAAAAUACUUCAAACAUGUUAUAUUUACUAAAGAUUGGCAUCCUGAAAAUCAUGUCUCUUUCAAAAUAAACCAUUCAAACUUGGAUGAAUUAAAAAAGGAGGAAGUUGACAAUCUUUGGCCAGUUCAUUGUGUACAAAACACAUAUGGAGCCGAAUUACACAAAGACAUCUAAACUGAAGAAGGUGACAUAAUUGUUCUUAAAGGGACAAAUUAUAAAUAUGACAGCUACAGCGGCUUUGGAUGUAAAGAAGACUAAACCAACUUACAUUAAAUUCUUCAAUCCUUAAAUGUGGACACUAUCUAUGUUGGAGGACUUGCUUUAGAUUACUGUGUUCUCUUCACUGUUAUCGAUGCUCUCAAAUUAGGAUACAAGGUUAAGGUUUUGAAGGAUUGUACUUAAGCAAUAGACCCAGAAAAUGCCAAAAGCAAAAUCAACUAAUAUUUUGCUGAAAUCCGUCGAUAAGACAACACAAUUUUGGAAAAUUCACUACGAAUUUUCACUUCUUAUGAAGUAGAAGAAUGACUAAUAUACUUCUUUAUUAUUAUAUACAAGAUU